GCCUCUCUCGUUUCGAAACGGAAGUUCUCUGAAGAAGCUUGCUGCGCGAAGAUGGGGGCGGAUUCAAACUCAGCCGAAAACGCUCCGGUCGCCGCCACGCCGGACGACGUCGACGCCUUGAUCGAUGCUGCGAGAUAUGGCGACAUGGAGGACGUCACGAGCUUAGCAGCCGCCGGCGUUCCUCUCGAUUCGAGGGACGACCAAGGCCGUACAGCUCUUCACAUGGCCGCGGCUAAUGGCCAUCUCAGCAUUGUGGAUUAUAUCAUCAGUAAAGGAGCGGAUGUUAAUGCUGCUAAUGCGGAGAAGAAUACUCCUCUUCAUUGGGCUUGUCUCAACGGUCAUGUUCAGGUGGUCCAAAACUUGAUUCUGGCUGGAGCAAAUGCGAGCUUGUUGAACAGCCACGAGCGGACGCCAAUUGAUGAGGCAGUGAGCAGGGGGAAAUUAGAUGUAGUCGAUGCAAUCAAUGCUGCUGCAGCGCAACUUGAACUAACUGGCGCAAGCAUGUCCUGAUGGAGAGAAAAUUGGGAUGAUAAGCUUGUAGCUAUCUCAAUUUUGUGUUUCUUCGUGGGAGAAAUGCCAGGCUUAUGUGGUGAGAGAUUCUACUUAUGUUACGUGGUGGUUCUCGUAGUCUAUUGCCAACGCCUCAGUUUCGCAAUGUCAGGAGCUGUAAGAUAUUCAUCAGAUAUUGAAAGCAGCCCGAUGUUGGUGACUGCCAGACAUUCUCACAAGACUAGAUAAAUUGAAGGAAUCAAUAGAGAAGAUAAAGAGUCUUUAGUCCUUUAAAUUUUGAGUGAUUGAGUAGACUAGAUCUUUAGUGUUCCAUGAAAGUGAAGAUCUUUAGUUUGGUGCUCAUUUUAGCGACAUUUGUAAUGACUAAUGAAAAGCAUGACAUAAUUGUGUGCUACAACAUAGGAGCACUUAGUUUUAUGGCAAUCAAUAUUCACAUCAUUUCACUACCAA